CUCGUCUCCGCUCGCGAGUUCGCGACCCAAAACGCACUCUCUCUCCGGUUAAACGACUAGCGUGUGCAGCUCGGAAAAUUAACCCACGCACGCACGCACGCACGCACGGAGACUAUUUACUAUCAUCCCAUAUUUCACGGUGUACAACACGUACGACGGAUAUUGCGUUAUUCGUAGCACGAGCCCCCCGAUCGCGGUCGCCCGUGUUCGCGUUCCGAAAGGUUGCAUGAUCGAUGGUCACUGACGAUCUCGGGUCGCCGAAAUCGCCGCCGCCACAGUGACACGAUCGUUGUAUCCAUUUGGCGUGGCCCGCUGACGGAACAACACUCAUGGCGUUAUCGUGUCCACCGCCGCCGUGAUACGAUCGGCAAUCGUCGAUAACGCCGCCGAAGAGACGUGUUUCGCGUUUCACCGUGGCCAUCUCUGUCGUUUCACUGGAUCGCUAUCCCCGUGCUACCCCGACCGACGAGUCCAGCGCAGCAGUCCCGAAUCCGCAACCGGGACGAACGUUAUAAUACCGUGUUGGAGUGCUCUUGCCGCCUCCGAGCCGCUGUUAAAAGUCAAUACACAAUUAGCCAACAAAGUAAUUGUGGUAAAACUUUUGAUGCUUUUUAAGUCACAGUAAGGUGAAAAAUUGUUGUGACUAUGGGUACUAUUGUAGAAAAUUUGUCAAAUUGUUCAAUAACGACUCAGGAUAGAGUAAUUGCUCCUUCUAAUCAAAUUCAAAUUUUUCAACUCAUUGUUACAAUUGAAAGCGCAGAUUUAAAAAAUAAUGGUGGAUUGAUUAAACCGCAUCCAUAUGUUGAACUUAUUGUUGACGAUUUCAAAAGGAAUAAAACUGAAGUUAUCAAAAAUACAUAUCAACCGAAAUGGAAUGAAGAAUUUACUGUACUUGUUACUCCUUACUCAAUAUUACACUAUCGUGUAUUAGAUUAUUGUAAAUUUCAAAAAGAUGUGCUUAUAGCUGAAAAGAGUAUUAGUCUUUAUGAUAUUUUAUGUAAUUAUAAUGGUGUCUGUGAUAAUUUGGAGUUGACAAUUGAUUUAAUGCGAGCUCGUCAUCAUGAUCAUCUAACAUCAAGUUCAUCUACAUCUAACAAUUUGGUCAAAGUUGGAGAGUUGAUUACUAUAUUACAUGGUUUUCAAAUUGAUAUGACUCAGGUUUCAAAUCCAUCUAGAGAACCAGGAACUAGUGCUAAUCAUCAAGGACUAUCGGAUGGUGAUUUUAGUAAUGGUGUUAGAGCUCGUAGCCGUACUUCAACAACAGCUGUUGUAGCGUCACCUGUUACAACAACAGAUAUGAAUGUAUCAAAUAAUCUUACAAAUAAUGCAUUAACUAAUAACAUUCGGACUUCACAAACUUCAUCAGUGCACAAUAAUUCUACAGAGGGAACAAUAACCGUUCAUCAUCAUAAUGGUCCUGUUACAUUACCAAUAGAAGAACCAUUGCCCGUUGGUUGGGAAAUGAGAUUUGAUGCAUUUGGACGACAAUAUUAUGUAGAUCAUAAUACAAAAUCAACUUCUUGGGAAAGACCACAACCAUUACCUGCUGGUUGGGAGCUAAGAAGAGAUAACCGUGGGCGUAUUUAUUAUGUAGAUCAUAAUACUCGUACUACAACAUGGCAACGACCAAACAUUGAAAGACUGCAGCAUUAUCAACAUUGGCAAGGCGAAAGAGCUCAUGUGGUUCAACAGGGAAACCAAAGAUUUCUUUAUCCUCAGCAUGCUUUAGGAACUGGUUCAGGACCAAAUAGUAGACAAACUACAGGAGUUCCACCAAAUCCUGUUGUUGAAGAGGAAGACCGUAUGGGACAGUUACCCAAUGGUUGGGAAAAGCGUGUCCAACCAGAUGGUAGAUGUUAUUUUGUUAAUCAUAAAAGUCGCAUUACCCAGUGGGAAGAUCCACGUACACAAGGAACUGAAUUGAUUAUUGAUAAUUCGGAUUUACCAACUGGUUGGGAAGUAAGAAAAACUACUGAUGGAAUUAGAUAUUUUGUUGAUCAUAAUACACAUACUACUACAUUUGAAGAUCCUCGAACUCAUGUACCACCCAUUCAAUGUUCAACUGGUCCUUAUGGGGUACCUGCUGCUUAUGAAAGAUCAUUUCGUUGGAAAUUAAGUCAAUUCCGGUAUUUGUGUCAAAGUAAUGCAAUAUCAAGUCACAUCAAGAUUACAGUUUCCAGACAGACACUGUUUGAAGAUUCCUAUCAUCAAAUAAUGAGAUCUGCUGCAUAUGAAAUGAGGAAACGUUUGUAUAUAGUAUUCCGUGGUGAAGAAGGCUUGGAUUAUGGUGGUGUUUCACGAGAAUGGUUCUUUUUGCUUUCCCACGAAGUACUCAACCCAAUGUACUGUCUAUUUGAAUAUGCCAAUAAAAAUAACUACAGUCUACAAAUUAAUCCUGCUUCGUAUGUGAAUCCAGACCAUUUGUUAUAUUUUAAAUUUAUUGGACGAUUUAUAGCUAUGGCUCUAUAUCAUGGCCGUUUCAUUUAUUCUGGUUUCACAAUGCCGUUUUACAAGCGUAUGUUGAACAAAAAACUUACCAUGAAAGAUAUCGAGUCCAUUGACCCAGAAUUUUAUAACUCAUUGGUUUGGAUACGUGACAAUAAUUUAGAAGAAAGUGAUAUUGAAAUGUACUUUGGGGUAGAUUUUGAAGUACUUGGACAAGUUGUGCAUCACGAGCUGAUUGAAAAUGGUGAUAAAGUGAAGGUUACUGAUGCUAACAAAGAUGAAUAUAUUAGAUUAAUGACUGAAUGGAGAAUGACACGUGGCAUUGAAGAACAGACUCAAGCAUUAUUAGAUGGAUUUAACGAAGUUGUUGCAUUAGAAUGGUUAAAAUAUUUUGAUGAACGUGAACUUGAACUUAUGUUAUGUGGUAUGCAAGAGAUUGAUGUAGAAGACUGGCAACAGCACACAAUUUAUCGACAUUAUAAUAGAACUAGCAAGCAAAUUAACUGGUUCUGGCAGUUUGUAAAACAAGCUGAUAAUGAAAAACGAGCAAGACUUCUUCAGUUUGUGACUGGAACAUGUAGAGUUCCGGUUGGAGGGUUUGCCGAACUUAUGGGGAGCAACGGAGCACAAAGAUUUUGCAUUGAAAAGGUUGGUAAAGAAACAUGGUUACCUCGGUCUCAUACAUGCUUUAACAGGUUAGACUUACCACCAUACAAGAGUUAUGAUCAACUAGUUGAAAAACUCAAUUAUGCUAUUGAAGAAACUGAAGGGUUUGCUCAAGAAUGAAACACAAAUAUAUUCAGGUUAAUGUUCCCUCAAUUGUUACGAUUUUAAAUAUAGGUA